AUGGACCUAAAAUCCUUCAAGAUAUCGCAAGAUGUCCCCACAGUCGUGCCUCGCGAUCAGGGCGUCGGCGGCGGCGGCAUCGAUAUCGAAAGCAUCGAUGCCGCCCAGCGAUACGCCAUGGUGACACUGCUCGGCUGCGCCUUAUGGAACAGCCUCGAGAUGGUGCCGAUCGUCCUGCUGACAUUCAAACGAUACUCUGGAUUGUAUUUCUGGAGCAUGGUCUUUUCCAUUUUGGGUGUUGUAUUGACAGCUCUGGGCUUCAUCCUUCUCAUCUUCGACAUCGGCAUGGACAGAGCAUUCCCACCGGCCUUCAUGGCGGCUUUCGGAUGGGCGCCGAUGGUGGCUGGGCAGAGCCUGGUUCUCUUCAGCCGGCUUCAUCUACUUCGCAUCUCUAGGAAGCUGAGGAGAGGGAUCCUGGGCCUGAUAAUAUUCACGAUCAUCUUUAUCCAAAUACCCACGUUGGUUCUCACCGUCGGCAGCCAAACAAAACACGAAGACCAACAUGUAUGGGCCAGUGCCUACCAGAUCGUGGAAAGGAUACAGGUGGUUGUGUUCUUCCUGCAAGAGAUUUUCCUCAGCUCCUUGUACGUGUGGAGGUGUUUCAAAUUCCUCGUGGCCCGGGAUGGGAGCGAGGCGGGCUGCAGCAGCGACAGAGCCCGCCCCGAUGUCCAGAAGAUGUUCAUCCAUCUACUCAUCGUCAACAUCAUAGUCAUCGCCCUCGAUGUCACAAUCAUCGGACUGCAGUACUCGGGUCUUUUCUUAUUCCAAAUAAGCUACAAGCCCUUCGCCUACAGUGUCAAGCUCAAAAUUGAAGCCAGCAUCCUGACCCAACUGGUCGAUUUCGUCAAGGCUAGGCACAGGUACGGGACUUUCACGCUGACGCCUGAGGCUCAACAGGAGUGGGACAACACUCUCGACCGAGUUUUUGGCACGGGAGCGGACUUGAAGAGCGAUGAUGAGUAUCACGACGGAAGGAAAAUCAAACCGCAAACUGGAGCGAAACAUGUCGCUUCGAGCGAGGGCCCAGCCAGUGGCUCAGGUUCGGGCACAGCACACACAAACCACCCUUGGAAAGAUAUGCAACAGGAAGUCGUCGUCUACCCAGCCAGGUGUGCGCAAGGCAACCUAGGCGCUCCAUUUGUUCGGUGGUGGCAUCCCGAAGAGGUCAAGGAGGUAUAUAGUCGGAGGCAAUCACAACGCCCGCCGGAAAGAUUGUAA